AUGCUGCUGCGGGUCCUGAGGGCCGCCGCGGCGCGACACGUUCAGGCUCCGAGACUCAACUACAGCAGCGCAGCAGCGCAACAGGUGAAGCCAAAAAAGACCCAGUUCGGUCCUCUGAGCGACCAGGACCGGAUAUUCACCAACUUGUACGGACGCCACGACUGGAGACUGAAGGGAGCCCUGAAGCGAGGCGACUGGUACAAGACGAAGGAGAUCAUCCUGAAGGGCUCCGACUGGAUCCUGAACGAGGUCAAGGUUUCUGGACUCCGGGGUCGAGGAGGAGCCGGAUUCCCCACCGGCAUGAAGUGGAGCUUCAUGAACAAGCCCAGCGAGGGCAGGUAGGAGGACGAGACCGGAUCUGAUCCUGAGCUUCAGCAGCACUCUGAUAGAUGUGACUCAGCUUCUCCAGCAGAGUCACAGUUUGUCCAGAAUGACUCCAACCUUCAGGUGGCCAUCAACGAGGCCUACGGCGCCGGGCUGAUCGGGAAGAACUCGUGCGGUUCUGGUUAUGACUUCGAUGUGUUUGUGAUGCGCGGCGCCGGAGCGUACAUCUGCGGCGAGGAGACGGCCCUCAUCGAGUCUCUGGAGGGCAAACAGGGGAAGCCCCGACUGAAGCCGCCGUUCCCCGCAGACAUCGGGGUGUUCGGCUGCCCGACGACGGUGUCCAACGUGGAGACGGUUGCCGUGGCGCCCGCCAUCUGUCGCCGAGGCGGCGCCUGGUUCGCCGGCUUCGGCCGGGAGAGGAACUCUGGGACCAAGCUGUUCAACAUCUCGGGUCACGUGAACGCCCCGUGCACGGUGGAGGAGGAGAUGUCGGUGCCGCUGAGGGAGCUCAUCGAGAGGCAUGCAGGAGGAGUGAGGGGCGGCUGGGACAACCUGCUGGGCGUGAUCCCGGGCGGGUCCUCCACCCCCAUCAUCCCUCGGCACGUCUGCGAUGACGUCCUGAUGGACUUCGACGACCUGGUCCGGGCAGAGACGGCGCUGGGAACCGCAGCCGUCAUCGUCCUGGAUAAGUCGACCGACGUGAUCCGAGCCAUCGCGCGACUGGUGGAGUUCUACAAGCACGAGAGCUGUGGCCAGUGCACCCCCUGCAGGGAGGGAGUGGACUGGAUGGACAAGAUGAUGUGGAGGUUCGUGAAAGGCGAUGCAGCAGCUUCGGAGAUCGACAUGAUCUGGGAGCUCAGCAAGCAGAUCGAAGGCCACACCAUCUGCGCUCUGGGCGACGGCGCUGCCUGGCCGGUGCAGGGUCUGAUCCGACACUUCCGGCCCGUCAUGGAGAGCCGCAUCGCCGAGCACAACAAGAAGAACCCUCCGAGAGAGCCGGAGAUCGAGAUGGUCUGAAACCACGAAGGAGGAUUAUGACCUAGUUCAUCAUCAUGUAGUAGAGACGUAGAAGUGUCUAGUGUGACAUCACCUCUGUAUCACCUGCGUAGUCGAUGAGGUCUCUAAGCUCACAGACGGACACACGAGCUCAAACACAGCAAUAAAUUAAGUUUAUUUCAUAAAACCAUGAAAUGAAGUCAGUAGGAUUUGUUUCUACACCAACGUCUGAUAUGAUCUGUACAAAAGGAAACAGCAGGUUAGGAAAAGGUGACGCCACCGACCGACAGAAAGAAAGUAAAGAACGAAGGAGAAGCUGGAUCAAAGGAAACCUGGUCAGUGGUUCAACAUGGCCGUCCGGUUUCUGUAUGACGGCGCCAACACGUCAGUCCAACGUGAAACCGGAGGAUUUAGCAGCCGAAGCAUCAGUCCUGCAAACGCUGCUCACGGCAUCAAAGCAAAUCCAAACGGGACUCGAGCUCACAGAACUGCUCCUUGGGUCGAGUUUUAAGACUUUAGAGGCGGGACGGCGGUGGAUCACGCUGCCGUUUGAUUGGUCGCUUUACAGACAGGUGGAGCAGCUGCUCAGUAGAAGAACCAAGAACUAGCACCAAACAAAUCCAACAGGAUGAUCAGUGCUGGUUUGAAUAUUUACUUUUAGGUAUUUAUCCCAUUGGUCAGUCCUCGUCUGAAUUCAAAAAGCUUUAAAAAACAAAACCAA